AGUGUCUUGUUCCUCAUAUUUAUUUUCAUCUAAAAACAUCCGCCUUUAAACUCGUAGGUGUCUGUUCUACUUUUAGAGGUCAGAACUGUCCGUCUUGACUGCGCUUAUUUCACUCCUCCCCUUAUGUAGCCGCUUACAUUUCAGGCGAGGCGAGGGGGAUCUCAAAAGAGCCUAGUGUCCGACAUGACAGCUCCGUUUUCAACUCCGCCCGCGACUGCUCUCGGAUACUCUCGUUGAUCGCCGUCUGUAGCCGUAGAUGAAGUCGAACACACCGAGUCCGACAACAUAGAAAGCUCUGAGUAAAAUGUCAAGUGUUGUCAUUUCAGAAUAACGGUAUCUACGACAUGGCGUGAAGGCAGCAUUAGACACUACAUUAUAGCGAAACGCCCUACAGUUUCUUUUCUUUUAUAUUUAUUUGUAACUACAGCUCGUAUAUAUUAAGCCUAUUUACUGACAAAAUGGAGAACAGAUGAAAAAUAUGAUGGAAGAAUGUAAAAAAAGUUUUCUUUUUCUUCGAGUCUUUUUUAAAGAUAUACUGUAUUACUUUCACAUUCACACCCAGGGCUCUGGCAUUGGUUAACGCACUACCCAUGUGAUUCUCGUAACCUCGUGACGCUUGCAGGCGCACACUAAAGCGCUCGCUCCCGCUAGUUUACAGUUCUCAGAAUUCGAAUUCGCUCACUUCAAAUAUGAAACUCCAGGGUUCUUGUAAGGCCACUUCUUGAAAAUGGCAGAAAUGAAUAAACAUCUGAAUUUGGUGUUACUGGGAAAAAUAGGAGCUGGGAAAAGUGCAUCAGGAAACACAAUUCUGGGACGACAAGCUUUUGAAUCAAAGAAAAGUUUCAGUUCUGUCACACAAGACGUAGCUGUUGAAUCUGGGACUGUCUUUGGACGACAGGUCACUGUUUAUGACACACCAGGAUUAUUUAACCCAAAGCGGAGUGAUGAAGAAAUUCAACAAAUGCAUGCAAAAGCUCUUCAGAAAUGUGAAUCAGGUCACUGUGCAUUUCUGCUGGUCAUCAAAGUUGGCAGAUUCACUGAAAAAGAGAGAAUAACUGCGGAGAAGAUUGAAAAGCUCCUGGGAGAAAAUCGUUUGAAGAAAACCUGGAUUCUCUUCACUGGAAAAGAAGAACUGGGCAAGACAAUCGAAAAAUUCAUCAAUGAAAGUGAACCACUGAAGAAACUCGUACAGAAAUAUGAUCAGAGAUACCACGUGUUCAACAACAAGAUAAAAGGAGAUGCUACGCAAGUUCAAGAGCUGCUUAUAAAAAUAGCUUCAACAGAGAGUGAAGAUGAUCUGAAUAUAAGACGAAUGGCGAGGAGAGAGGAAUAUAAACAAAAUCUUUUACUGCAGUGGUCUGCUUUUGGCUAUGUGUUGACAUCAGAGGAGGAGCUGGAGGAGUUUGAGCUUCAGAAAUUCACGAAAUCAGACGAGUGUCUCAUUAGAUUAUCAGCAGUCAUCAAAACCUCCAAAAGAGCUCUGCUAAAUAAUUGUAGCUUAACACACAAAAGCUGUUCAGCUCUGGCUACGGUUCUUGGAUCAGAUAACAGUCUGAAAGAGCUGAACCUGAACAAUAAUAAUCUACAAGAUUCAGGAGUGAAGCUGCUCUGCACUGGACUGGAAAAAAAGACAUGUCAUUUGGAGAUACUAAGGCUUUCAGACUGCAGAAUCACUGAAGAAGGUUAUAAAGCUCUGGCUUCAGCUCUGAGAUCAAACCCUUCACACCUGAUAGAGCUGGAUCUCACAGGAAAUGAUCCUGGACAAUCAGGAGUGAAGGAGCUCAGUGGUUUACUACAGGAUCCAAACUGUCAACUCAAGACACUGAGUCUGUGUUUAUGCAGUAUUACAGAGAAACAGUGUCUCAUCCUGACUUCAGCUCUGAAAUCAAACCCAUCACACCUGAGAGAACUGGACCUGAGCUUGAAUGAACUAGGAGACUCUGGAGUGAAAAACCUCAGUGAUCUACUGAUGAACACACAAUUCAAGCUGGAGAAACUAGAUCUGUAUAGAUGCAGAAUUACAGAGAAACAGUGUCUCAUCCUGACUUCAGCUCUGAAAUCAAACCCAUCACACCUGAGAGAACUGAACCUGAGCAGGAAUAAACUAGGAGACUCUGGAGUGAAAAACCUCAGUGAUCUACUGAUGAAACCACGAUGCAAGCUGGAGAAAGUAGAGUUAAGCAACUGUGAAAUGACAGAUGAAGGUUGUUCUGCUGUGACUUCAGCUCUGAAAUCAAACCCAUCACACUUGAGAGAACUGAACCUGAGCUGGAAUAAACUAGGAGACUCUGGAGUGAAAAACCUCAGUGAUCUACUGAUGAACACACAAUUCAAGCUGGAGAAACUAAAUCUGCGUGGAUGCAGUAUGACAGAGAAACAGUGUCUCAUCCUGACUUCAGCUCUGAAAUCAAACCCAUCACACCUGAGAGAACUGGACCUGAGCUGGAAUGAACUAGGAGACUCUGGAGUGAAAAACCUCAGUGAUCUACUGAUGAACACACAACGCAAGCUGGAGAAACUAGAGUUAAGCAACUGUGAAAUGACAGAUGAAGGUUGUUCUGCUGUGACUUCAGCUCUGAAAUCAAACCCAUCACACCUGAGAGAACUGAACCUGAGCUGGAAUAAACUAGGAGACUCUGGAAUGAAAAACCUCAGUGAUCUACUGAUGAACCCAAAAUGCAUGCUGGAGAAACUAGAUCUGUAUAGAUGCAGUAUUACAGAGGAACAGUGUCUCAUCCUGACUUCAGCUCUGAAAUCAAACCCAUCACACCUGAGAGAACUGAACCUGAGUGAGAAUAAACUAGGAGACUCUGGAGUGAAAAACCUCAGUGAUCUACUGAUGAACCCACAUAACAGGCUGGAGAAAUUAGAGUUAAGAAGCUGUGAAAUGACAAAUGAAGGUUGUUCUGCUGUGACUUCAGCUCUGAAAUCAAACCCAUCACACCUGAGAGAACUGAACCUGAGCGAGAAUAAACUAGGAGACUCUGGAGUGAAAAACCUCAGUGAUCUACUGAUGAACACACAAUUCAAGCUGGAGAAACUACAUCUGGAUAAAUGCAGUAUUACAGAGAAACAGUGUCUCAUCCUGACUUCAGCUCUGAAAUCAAACCCAUCACACCUGAGAAAACUGUACCUAAACAAUAAUGAAAUAAAAAACACAGGAGUGAAUCACUUAUGUGAGGUACUGAAGGAUUCACACUGUAAACUGGAGAGAUUGAGACUUUCAGACUGCAGUAUCACUGAAGAAGGUUAUAAAGCUCUGGCUUCAGCUCUGAGAUCAAACCCUUCACACCUGAUAGAGCUGGAUCUCACAGGAAAUGAUCCUGGACAAUCAGGAGUGAAGGAGCUCAGUGAUUUACUACAGGAUGGACUCUGUUCAUUAAAGACCAUCAGUCCUGCUGCAGAGGAAGUGUGUGAGUAUCUCACUGGAGUUCUGGGUAAAAGUCCAUUACUACUGAAAGAACUGGAUCUGAGUGGAGAUAAAUUAGGAGAUCUGGAUGGGGAGAAACUCUCUGCUUUUUUGAUGGACUCUCAUAGCAAACUGGAGAAAAUAAUGCUGAAUAAUUGUGAGCUGACAGAGAAAAGCUGUUCAGUUCUAGCUACUGUUCUCUCCUCCAAAACCAUCCUGAAAGAGAUGAACCUGAACGACAGUCGUCUGCUGGAUUCAGGAGUCAAAGAGAUCUGUGAGGGACUGAAGAAUCCUGUGUGUGAGCUGAAGAUACUGAAUCUGUGUAGAUGCAGAAUUACAGAGAAACAGUGUCUCAUCCUGACUUCAGCUCUGAAAUCAAACCCAUCACACCUGAGAGAACUGAACCUGAGCUGGAAUGAACUAGGAGACUCUGGAGUGAAAAACCUCAGUGAUCUACUGAUGAACACACAAUUCAAGCUGGAGAAACUAGAUCUGAGUAGAUGCAGUAUUACAGAGAAACAGUGUCUCAUCCUGACUUCAGCUCUGAAAUCAAACCCAUCACACCUGAGAGAACUGGACCUGAGCUGGAAUCACAUAAAAAACACAGGAGUGAAUCACUUAUGUGACGUACUGAAGGAUUCACACUGUAAAGUGGAGAGAUUGAGGUUAAGCUGCUGUGAAAUGACAGAUGAAGGUUGUUCUGCUGUGACUUCAGCUCUGAAAUCAAACCCAUCACACUUGAGAGAACUGAACCUGAGAGGGAAUAAACUAGGAGACUCUGGAGUGAAAAACCUCAGUGAUCUACUGAUGAACACACAAUUCAAGCUGGAGAAACUACAUCUGUGUGGAUGCAGUAUUAGAGAGAAACAGUGUCUCAUCCUGACUUCAGCUCUGAAAUCAAACCCAUCACACCUGAGAGAACUGAACCUGAGCUGGAAUGAACUAGGAGACACUGGAGUGAAAAACCUCAGUGAUCUACUGAUGAACACACGAUUCAAGCUGGAGAAACUACAUCUGCGUGUAUGCAGUAUUACAGAGAAACAGUGUCUCAUCCUGACUUCAGCUCUGAAAUCAAACCCAUCACACCUAAAAGAACUGGACCUUGGUGGGAAUCAAAUAAAAAACACAGGAGUGAAUCACUUAUGUGACGUACUGAAGGAUUCACACUGUAAACUGGAGAGAUUGAGUCUUUGUGACUGUGGCAUUACAGAUGUUUCUUCUUUAACUCAGUCUUUGACAAACACAAAAGCACUGCAGUUUCUAAAAGAGCUUGAUCUGAGAGACAAUAAGAUUGAAGACUCAAAGCAGCAGCUCACUGAUGUGCUACGAGACUCAAACUGUAAACUGAGCAAAGCAAUCGAUCUACAGGUGUGA